AUGCAACCUAUUGUUUCAGGUGGUAGUGCUUGGUUUUGUACCGUUCUUUCUGCAUUUGGUGUUGUUAUACUAUCCGUUAUAGCGCAUCUGUUUAAGACAAAUCAUGAAUCUUUUGUUGGUUCAAUUAAUGACCCAGAAGAUGGUCCUGCCGUUGCUCAUACCGUUUAUCUAGCUGCAUUAGUAUAUUUAGGGUUUUUCGUAUUUUGUGGUUUCCAAAUAUACUUAAUAAAGAGAAAACCAUCAAUUGAAUUACGUUAG